CACAGUACCGCCAUGAAGUAUCUCGUUCUUCUUGCCCUUUGUGGACUGGCCCUAGGGCUUCCUAGCGGCAGACUCGACGAACAGGGAGCGGAAACAUUCUUGAACCAUCGCCUCGUGGACGUGAACAUCACCAAUGUCGAACAGCAGAACUACAUCAACGACCUCGCCAACGUUGGAAACAUGGGGCUUGACAUCUGGCUGCACCCAACGCUGGAGAACACAGGGCGACUCAGAGUGCCUCCCGAGUCCAUUGACCUGUUCAUGGAGUUGAUGCAGAAGUCUGGAGUCAGCGCCAAGAUCAGAACUCACAAUCUGAAGCAGUUGAACGACGCCGUGUACGCUAUGCCAUCCGAACCUGUCCAGUACGCCGAUUUCAUCGAGGGAGUGUUGAGGCACAAUGCCUACUACAGGCUGAGCAACAUCGACUCCUACACGACAAACUUCGGCUCCUUCAGCGGGGUGAGCAAGUCCUACCUCAGCAGACAAACAUACGAAGGACGGACUAUGCCAUUCGUUGAGAUUACUGGUGGUUCUGGCUCAAACAAGAAGAGCAUCUUCAUAGAAGCGGGCAUGCACGCUCGGGAGUGGGUCAGCCCUUCAUCCGCGAUGUACUUCAUUGACAGGCUUCUCCAUCGACGUGAAUCUGACAGUGACGCCAACUACCUGUACAACAACUUCAACUGGUACAUUGUCCCCGUCAGCAACCCCGAUGGCUAUGAAUACUCACAUACCUCCUACCGGUACUGGAGGAAGAACAGGAGGGCGGUGAGCGGGUGUGGCAGCAGCAGAGGCGUGGACCUCAACAGGAACUUCGAGUCGAUGUGGGGAGGUUCCGGGUCGAGUGGCUCGUGCUCUUCCGACACGUACCGUGGGCCGUCGGUGUUUUCCGAGAACGAGAGUCAGAACAUCCGUGACAAGGUUCGGGAGAUCCAGAAUCGUGGAGAAACAAUCCACGCCUACCUCUCCAUUCACUCCUUCUCCCAGCUUCUCCUCACUCCAUACGGCUACGCAAGGAACACGUACCCUUCCAACUACAACGACAUUCUGGACAUCACUAACAAGGCAAGGACUGCCAUUCUGAACUCUGACGGAAGAUCAUACCGUGUGGGAACUCCAGCUGAUAUUCUGUACAACGCUGACGGAGGUUCCCACGAUUGGGCUCGCUUGACAGAGAACAUCCAGUACGCGAUAACCUAUGAACUCCGACCUUCCUCUGGGGGUCUGGAGGGCUUCGUGCUGCCAGCCUCUGAGAUUGCUCCUUGCAGCAAGGAAGUGUGGGAUUCCAUCUACGCCAUCGCCAGCAACUUGUAACAAGGAUCCUAAUUGGCUGCAGAAAGCCACAUCUUCAUAAUCAUAAGGUGAAACAUCUCUGUUUUGAGACUGGAAGCAAACACCGAAGGAAAAGGGUUACCAAUGUAGAAUUUAGAAGUUCCCUUUGUACAGGUCACCUUGUUCAGAAUAAAAUUAAUAAAAUGCU